GUAAGCCGAAUUAAUUUUAGUGGCUCACCGGAGAAGUUUACCGUUUCUGAGUUAUCCGGCGAGAAGUUUUUAAAUGGCGAUCGUGUUUCCGGCGAGUUUGGGGCGAUUCACCGUUCCGUCGCGUGCGCAAGUUAGACUGAGAGUUUCUGCCUCUGCUAACCAGAGCACGUUUCGUCGCGAUUCAGUGGAUUGGGUUAAGGAAACUUCAAGUUUUUUCGAAGAAGACAAGAGGCCGAUCAUGUUGUUCGACGGUGUUUGCAAUCUUUGUAAUGGAGGUGUGAAGUUUGUUAAAGACCAUGAUCGAAACAGGAGCAUAAGGUUUGAAGCGUUACAGAGCGAAACGGGGAAGAAACUGUUGAUGCGAUCAGGAAGAGCUCCUGAUGAUAUAUCGAGUGUUGUACUUGUGGAGAAAGAUAGGUCUUACAUCAAGUCAGAAGCUGUGUUGAAGAUCAUGAACUACAUUGACUUACCAUUUCCACAGCUUGCAUUCUUCAUUCAGUUUGCUCCUCUGUUUGUGAGGGACUUUUUGUAUGAAAAUGUUGCAAACAACCGUUAUGCAAUGUUUGGUCGAUCUGAUUCAUGUGAGAUCUAAGAAUACAUUAUCGAAUUGUGUUCCUACUUUGCCAUAAUAGUAAAAAAAAAAUGUUUCCUACAGUUUAAUAUAUGCUUUUAUACAGAUGUGUAGUUUACAACAGCCAUUGAACAACAGAUACAUAUGUAGUACUUUUCGAACCAUGUACUCUUUAAAUGUAUAACCUUUCUGAUGUUGAUAUUUGUGUUAUAUAUGGAAAAAACCUUGGGAUUGUGUGAA